AUGGCGCAGUCUGAUGUAAACCUACAGAUCCAACAGGAAAUUGAAGAGAACAGACUUCAAAGAAAUCAAAUCCAUGUCAAGCCUCCAGACAAUUUUUCCUUCAACCCCUAUGAUUGGAGUGCGUGGAAGAAACGCUUUGAAAGGUACAGUGGUUUAGGUAAAAUGAACGGAGCUUAUGAAAUUGAGCUAAAAAUGGGAGCAAAGCCAUUCUCAAUUACAGUGCCUCGACGAAUACCUCUACCAUUAUGGUCAAAAACCAAGGAAGAGGUUCAAAGAAUGGUAAAUAUGGAGGUCAUAACUCCAGUAGACCAUGCUACACCUUGGUGUUCUCCGAUGGUCGUCGUACCAAAGAAAGACAGCGGUAACGUCCGGAUAUGUGUUGAUCUUUCGAAACUAAACCAAAGUGUUCGGCGCCAGUUACAUCCAAUUCCAGGGAUAGAAUACACAAUAGCACAGAUCAAAGGAGCUACUGUGUUCUCUAAACUAGACGCCAAUCACGGGUUUUGGCAAAUACCUUUGGAAGAAAAAUCACAAGAUCUCACCACUUUUUUGACACCUUGGGGACGAUUUAAGUUCAAGGUCCUCCCCUUUGGCAUUACAUCAGCUCCGGAGUAUUUCCAGAAACGCAUCCAUGCUGCUCUUAGUGAUCAAAGAAAUGUAAAAGCUUACAUUGAUGAUAUCCUAAUAUGGGGAAGCACACAAGCCGAGCAUGACAAGGUUUUGGUGGAGGUUCUGGAAAAGCUUCAAAAGGAAGGCAUUACCUUGAAUAAAGAGAAAACAGUCUUUUCAAAGCCAAAAAUUAAGUUCCUUGGCUUUGAACUGAGUGCUGAUGGCAUUUCUCUUGAUCAGGAGAGAGUUAAGGCUAUUUCUGAGAUGGAGCCUCCAACUGAUGUGAAAGGUGUACAAAGAUAUCUUGGAAUGAUCAAUUUUAGUGGAAGAUAUAUUCCAAAUAGGUCUGAGAUUUUGAAGCCUAUUCACGAGCUACUCAACAAAAAUAAUGAAUGGAUAUGGGACAAACCACAACAAAAAGCUUUUGAUACUAUCAAAAAUCUUCUUACUACGGCUCCUCACUUAGCUUUCUAUGACCCUAAUCUUCAAACAAUGAUUUCAUCUGAUGCAUCAUCAUUUGGUAUCGGCGGAGUAUUGUUGCAACGAGAAAAAAGUGGCACAUUCAAACCAGUAAGCUACAUAUCACGUUCUCUCACUGAUACAGAAAGAAGAUAUUCCAACAUAGAACGAGAAGCUCUGGGAAUCGCCUGGGCAUGUGACAAGUUGAAAGACUACAUAGUUGGUAAGGACAUAAUAAUCGAGACAGAUCAUAAACCACUUUUGAAGAUUUUGACGUCAAAAAACUUAGAUGAAUUAACUCCACGUCUACAGAGAAUAAGACUAAGAAUGAUGCGUUACUCAUACAAUCUUGUGUAUACUCCUGGAAAACACCUAAUAACAGCUGACUGUCUUUCACGUAACCCUCUAAAGGACACUGAAAACUAUGACUUAGAGGAGGAACUCACUUACUACGUGAGACAAGUCAUUUCCAAUGUUCCAACUACUGAUGAAAACAUACAGAAAAUCCUACAUUGUCAAAGACAAGAUCCAAUUUGUAUGAAAUUACGGAACUUAAUCAUUGAUGGUUGGCCAGAAAAAUCUGAAAUUCCAGAUCAAUUAAAGACAUUUUUCAACGUAAAGGAAGAACUUUCUGUUGCUGAUGAUCUUGUAUUACGAGGAACAAGAAUAUAUGUUCCAGAAGCAUUGAGAGAAGAAAUGCUAAAACGAAUCCAUGUAGGACACUUGGGAAUAACAAAAUGUAGACUCCGAGCCAGCAACAGUCUUUGGUGGCCAGGAAUAUCUCGUGAGAUUGCAAAGAUGGUUGAAAGUUGUCCACAAUGUAUUCAGCACAGGAAAAAUAAAAACGAACCACUUAUUCCAGCAGAGUUCCCUUCAAGACCUUGGCAGAUUGCAGCAAUGGAUCUUUUCAAGUUAAGUGGUCAAUGGUUCAUCGUGUUAACAGAUUGUUACUCACGAUACUUUGAAAUUGCAACCUUACGUUCUUUGACAAGUCAUCAAGUCAUUGAAAAAUGUAAAUCAGUAUUUAGUCGUCAUGGAAUUCCAGAAGAAAUCAGAACCGACAGCGGAACCCAAUUCACCAUGCGUCAAGGUUCGGAAUUCCAGCAGUUUUCCAAAGACUACAAUUUCAAGUUAAAGACAAGUAGCCCUCACUUCCAUCAGAGUAAUGGAGCUGCAGAGGCUGCAGUGAAGGUAGCAAAAUGCAUCCUAAAGAAAAAUAAAGAAGACCCUUACCUGGCACUCUUAUCAUACCGUAACACUCCAAUAUCGAACGGGUUUAGCCCUGCACAACUACUAAUGGGACGACGUUUACGAGACAACCUACCAGUUUUGCCAGGACUUUUAACAGAAAAGCCAGAUUUGAGUGGCUUGAAACAAAGGGAGAGGAAUUAUAGAGAAAAGUACAAGAGAAAUUAUGACUCCAGGCAUGGUGCCAAAUCUCUUGGAAGUUUGAAAUCUGGAGACAGCGUUUGGAUAUCUGACGUGGGAAAACCUGGAACGGUUGUAAAAACAGCAACUGAGCCACGAUCAUAUAUUGUCAGGACUGAUACAAGAGACCUAAGAAGAAACCGUUUCCAUCUUCUACCAUUUCCCGAUGACUUGAAAAGUACACCAUCACGAGACAAUGUGACAGAACAAAAUUCAACAAGUGUCUGUACCAGAAGUCCAAAACCACAAGAGGACAACUCAAGUUACAAGACUAGACACGGACGUCAAGUACAUCCUCCAAGGAGACUCGACCUUUAA